UCGUAGAUUUAAAGGCCCUCCCCCCUUUCCUUUUUGGUCAGAACUUGCUAGGCUGCACAGUUCCGUCGGCAUAGAAAGAACUUCGACAUGAUACCGAAGGCAUUGUUCUUUGCCGCCCUGGUUUUGGGCCUGGCAAAUGGGUCACCACGGCCAAAUGACGAGGGCUUGAACAGUUUGAUUGACAUGAUUCUGAACAUUGUCGAUCAGACAAUUCUGAGCAUGGGUUUGGACCCGGCUCAUUUGCCCGACGUCGUUCACGAGUUUGAAGACACGGUUCUAUUUGUGACGUGGCACGGAGAAGCAAGUGCCUACAAUGGCACUCUCUCGGGAAUGUCAACGAUCCAUCGAAUUGGAGAAGCCGAGUACGUCUUCGACGAUAAGGGCAGGGCCAUUGGAGCCACCGUGUCUAUGAGUAUGAACGUCAUGGAGGGACACUACAAAUACGUGGCCCAGUUCAUGGAUCUCGGACCUUCCGGAGACAUCACACUACACAUAGAAGGCAUCCGACUGACCCUUACAACGGCUCUCGAUGAGCAUCUGUGUGUGUUCUCUCUGAAGGACCUCAACAUCGAUAACAUUGGACACAUCACCAUCAACAUCGACGGCCUAGGCCUCCUGGACUGGAUCGCCAACGCCUUCGGAACUCUCAUCGCCAACGUCGUCGAGGUGUUCCUCAGGAAUACCAUCGAAAACCAGUUCAAGACCAUCAUGAACGGCGUCCUCGACAACUUCGAUCUGUACCCUUACAGGUGGAUUGUGCCCUUCAUCCACUGCGACAAGAGGCCUUUCCGCACCACGACUCCUGCAGCCAUCCAUUAGGAGUGGAUUGGGAGACAGCACUUGAGAAUAAAAUGUUAACAAUGAA